CUUUUAUAAGAUAAACAUCUUUCUCUAUCUCUCUCUCUCUCUCUCUCUCUCUCUCUCUCUCUCUCUCUCUCUCUCUCUCUCUCUCUUUAACUACUUUUGUCUAUAAAUCUUCAGGAUCAGUUUCAUCUUAUAUCAAUGGUGAAUUUUUAGAUAUAACCCAGAUUCACUGAAAAUUGUGAAAGCUGAUAGAAAAAUAAAAUAAUAAAGGUUAGAACUUUAAUCUUUUUGAUAAGUGAUUAUGGCGGUUGCUGAGAAUGUUGGAACCAAAAUCGGUUCUUCGGGUGAGAAUUUGGAGAACAGUGUAGUUUCAUCGGACUCAACUGAGGUUGAGAAAUCGAAACCUAAGACCGAUCAGAAUCUGAACAAUAACAACGGUGUGUUCAAUCAUCAACAACAAGAUAGUGUUCCUAAUGGUAAUCAUGGUUUCAAAGGGCAUCAAAUGGGUCAGAUGCAUGGUAAUGGGGUUCAGAACCAGCACAUGGUUGUGAACAAUGAUGGGUAUGUGAUGAAUGGUGUUAGAGAUGGAGAGAAUGGGGGUGAGAGUUUCAAACGUGAGAUGAGGGAUUUGGAAGAGUUGUUGUCAAAGUUGAAUCCUAUGGCGGAGGAAUUUGUGCCACCAUCACUUGUAACCAAUUAUCAUGGUUACUUAGCUGGACCUAAUGUUGGUGGAUUUGGUUAUGCUAACAAUAUUAUGCUUCAGAAUAAUUUUGGCAAUGCUAAUGGCCAGAUUAAUAGAAGGAGGAAGAAUGGCUAUAAUAAUGCGAAGCGAAGACUGAAUCAUAAAAUGGAUAUGGAGAAAAGAGAAGAGAUGAUUCGGAAGACUGUUUAUGUGUCUGACAUUGAUCAACUGGUCACUGAAGAGCAGCUGGCAUCUCUCUUUCUCAACUGUGGCCAGGUUGUUGAUUGCCGUGUAUGUGGGGAUCCCAAUUCAAUUCUUCGGUUUGCAUUUGUUGAGUUUACAGAUGAAGUUGGUGCUAGGACUGCAUUGAACCUAUCUGGAACCAUGCUCGGAUAUUAUCCGUUGAGAGUGCUACCUUCAAAGACUGCAAUUGCACCUGUUAAUCCAACAUUUUUGCCCAGGUCUGAAGAUGAGCGAGAGAUGUGCACAAGAACAAUUUAUUGCACAAAUAUCGACAAGAAGCAACCGAGUCUCAUAAUUCUUAUUCUUUCCUUGUUACUGCUGCAGCUUACUCAAGCAGAUGUCAAACACUUCUUUGAAUCUAUUUGUGGAGAGGUUCAACGCCUGAGGCUUCUUGGGGAUUACCAUCAUUCAACUCGAAUUGCUUUUGUGGAGUUCGCUGUGGCUGAGAGUGCAAUUGCAGCACUGAGCUGUAGCGGUGUGAUUUUGGGUUCAAUGCCUAUAAGGGUAAGUCCGUCAAAGACACCAGUCCGAGCUCGUGCAACUCGUAGUCCCAUGCACUGAAUCAUCCUUCAUGUUUGUGGAAUGAAUGCUGCUCAAAGAUAUAUAUUUACAUAUAUACAUACAUAGAAACAGAUAUGUUUUAAGGUACCCGUGGCGUUUAGUUGAGACUUUUGUCGCCAAAACUUGCAGUAUGGUAUCUUUGUUUCUCUCGUUGGGGCUAUAUAUGAGUUAUGUGUUUAGCUUGUAGAGUUGGACUUGGAUGGCGUUUUGAGGAUCAUUAUGGCUUAACUUAUGCUGCUUGGUCUUGCAACGAGAGAAUUUCAUGGUUGGAUGUUUCUAAACAUCCGGAAUUUACAGUUUAUUUAAAGAAACAUGUUUCAAAACCUUUGUUAGUAUAGUUUCUGUCUGUCUGGUACUCUUCUGUUUGGAUACUUUUGAUCUUUUGCAAUUUGCUUGUCAUAUGAAGAGUCUCUGAAUUGCUGUUACGACGGCCAAUCGAGACUUUCAGUGAAAUUAUCAUUGCCUUCUAAAUUGCAUGCA